AAACAAUCCUGCUCUACAACUUCAGGUCCACCCACUAGGUUGAAGCGCUCCAGGCUUCCGGAUCCAAGGCGCAGUCAGCGCCGCGUCUGCAACUAACAUGCGGGAUUACGAUGAAAUUACUGCCUUCCUGGGGGAAUGGGGACCGGCUCAGAAACUCAUCUUCCUGCUCUUGACUGUCAGCGUUAUUCCCAACGGUUUCGCCGGUUUUAGCAUCAUCUUCGUCGGGGAUAUCCCAGAACAUCGCUGCUCGAUUCCCGGGAAUCUCAACCUCAGCCAAGCCUGGAUGAACAGAACCAUCCCACUGGUGCCAGGAACCCAAAUCCAGUACACCCAAUGCAGUCGCUACCGCUUGGAUGUGAUCAGGAACCUCUCGGAGUUGUUUCCAGACCCAGAUCUCCUCAACGUGUCCGGGAUCGACGAGGAACCGUGUUUGGAUGGGUGGGAUUACAGUCAGGACCAGUACACCUCCACCAUCGUCUCCGAGUGGGACUUGGUGUGUAAUGAUAAUUGGAAAGAGCCAUUUGCUGCAUCAUUGUACUUCCUGGGGGUGUUGAUAGGAUCCGGUAGUUCUGGAAUGAUAUCAGACAGGUUUGGGAGGAAAAUUGUUUUGUUUGGGACUAUGGGGAUACAGGUUUUAUUUAAUCUUCUUAUCACAUUGUCACCCAGCUGGGAAAUCUUCUGCCUGAUUAAUUUCUUUAAAGGCAUUGGUGAGAUUUCAAACUAUAUGACUGCAUUUGUGCUUGGAUCUGAACUUCUACAGAAAUCCAUUCGGGUUACAUACUCUACGCUUGGAAUUGGCUUUUUUUAUGCCGUGGGUUACAUGUUGCUGCCUUUUGUUGCCUAUUUCAUGAGAGGAUGGAGAAUGUUGAUAUUGAUCCUGAGCCUGAUCAGUUUGCUGUACAUUCCUUUGUGGUGGUUUAUUCCUGAAUCUCCACGCUGGCUACUGUCCAAGGGAAGGGUAAAGGAAGCUGAAUCAAUAAUUCGAUUCAUGGCAAAGAAAAAUGGAAUCACUCCACCAGCAGUACUUUUCACUGACGAUGAGCUUGAACAUAUACAGAACAAACAAGUAAAAUCUGUUCCAGUUAUUCAAUUGAUAAAAACCUCUCGUAUUCGCGCCAUCACAAUGAUUAACUUAGUCGUGUGGAUGAUUCUUGCAAUUGGAUACUAUGGUCUGUCUCUGAACGUACCAAAUCUCCAUGGCAAUGACUAUCUGAAUUGUUUCCUCUUUGGUGCCAUUGAGAUUCCGGCCAAUAUCGCAGCCUGGCUUCUCCUCCGGAAAUUUCCGCGCAAGCUCAGCCUUUCAGGCAUUCUUGCUCUAAGUGGAGGUGUUCUGCUCUUCAUGAACCUCAUACCAUCAAGUCUCUUGGUACUUUCUACAGCGCUGGUAUUAAUUGGAAAAUUGGGAAACACAUGCGCCUUCUCCAUCGCUUUUGUCUACACCUCCGAACUGUAUCCAACCCCAAUGAGAAACACAGGAAUUGGAGUGAGCUCAAUGGCUUCCAGAGCUGGCAGCAUUAUUUCUCCUUAUGUUGCUAUGCUCGAUGCUUAUAAAGAGAACCUGCCGUUUAUUGUGAUGGGGGUGUUGAUGGUGUUCUCAGCAAUUGUGGUCUUGUUUCUGCCAGAAACAUUCAACAUUCCGCUUCCAGAUACCAUUAGCCAAAUGCAAAAAGUUAAAUGGUUUAAAAUUCGAAGAUGUUCUUACUCGUAUGUAAGUAAAACUAAAACAAUCGGAGAAAACAAUGUGGUGAUUUUCAAAGAGGAAAUGCUUUGAGCUCAGAUCUUCACCAGCAGCCAAGGGACUGAGGAAUUAAUUGCCAUUUGAGUCAGGCUCCAACUCUUCAGGAGUGGUAACACCAGAAGUGGCAACUUCUUCUGUUAAGAUACAGAAUGAAACUGAGAUACCUGGCGAUCACAGUGAAAUUAUCAGAUUUUCUGCAUGGAAUAGGAUUUGAUGAUUCUUCCAAAACCAAUUUACUGGACCUUUUCUCUAAGGCAUGGUGGAAAUAGACAUGAACUCUUUAUGUUUUCUUGCAUCCUAUUGCAUUAUAUUCCUUGGAUAUCUUCCUCUUUGUAGAGCAAUUUAUUAAAUGCUAUGAACCAAUCCUUGACAUCUACCCAGUGUGAUGGUUUCCUACAGUCAAGGCUUUCUGUGAUCAACUCUUCUUUCGUUUUCAUUCCUCCUGUUUUGGUUCAAACUCCUCUCCUGCUUUAAGUUCAAAACUGGUCAUUAUAUUAGGCGCCUUCUUUCAAUUAUCCAUUUAUCAGAAGAGGAAUUUGUUGGCAUUAGACCAAAGAACAGCACAGAGAAAGGCCUUUCAGCCCACAAUAUCCAAACAUGAUACUAUAUUAAACUUAUCUCCUCUGCCUGCACGUGAUCCAUAUCCCUUCAUUCCUUACAUAUGCAUGUGCCUAUUUACAUGCCACUAUAAUCUGCCUCCUCCACUACCCUUGGCAACACUUUCCAGGCACCCACUACUCUUUGUGUUAAAAGGAAAUUUGUCCAACACAUCUCAUUUGAAAAUUGCCCUUCUUAAACCUAUGCCCUCUAGUCUUUGACAUUACGACCCUUGGAAAAAAGGGUCUGACUACUUACCAUGUCUAUGCCUGUCAUAACUUGAAAUGCUUUUCAGGUCUCCCCGCGACCUUCGGUGUUCCAGUGACAACAGUCAAUGUUUGUCCAACCUCUGCUUAUAGCUAAUGCC